AUGGGGGUCACUAGUACGAGUGAAAAUGAAGAGAAAGUCAUGUCAGAUUCUGAAAGAGCAAAGGAGCUUAAAUCUUUUAAUGACACAAAAGCUGGUGUUAUAGGACUUGUUGAUGCAGGGGUUACCAAGAUCCCUCGUAUAUUCUAUCAUCCACCUGAUAACUUCAAAAAGGCCUCAGAUUUGGGGUACAAAGAAUAUACUAUUCCUGUUAUAGAUCUUGCAAACAUUUAUGAAGAUCCAAGUGCACGCAAAAGGGUUGUUGAGAGAGUGAAAGAUGCAUCUGAGACAUGGGGUUUCUUUCAGGUUAUCAAUCAUGGCAUCCCAAUUAGUUCUCUGAAGGAAAUGAAAGAUGGGGUGCUAAGGUUUUUUGAGCAAGACACUGAGGUCAAGAAGGAAUUUUAUACUAGUGAGAGAAGGCCCUUUAUGAACAAUAGUAGUUUUAUAUUGUUUAGCUCAGGAACUACUUGGAAGGAUUCUUUCUUGUGCAACAUGGCUCCUAAUGCCCCUAAGCCAGAAGACUUGCCAGCUGUAUGUGGACACAUACUGGUGGAAUACUCAAAUCAAAUAAUGGAAUUGGGGACUUUGUUGUUUGAGUUAUUAUCAGAAGCUCUUGGUCUGAAUCCAACUCACUUAAUAGAUAUUGGUUGCACUGAGGGGUUACAAACUUUUGGCCAUUACUAUCCUGCCUGUCCUGAACCAGAAUUAACUUUGGGAACCAUGAAGCAUGCUGAUAUAGAUUUCAUCACAGUGCUUCUACAAGACCACAUAGGUGGCCUCCAAGUUCUUCAUCAGGACAUGUGGAUUGACUUGCCUCCUCUACCUGGGGCCCUGGUUGUUAACAUUGGUGAUUUUCUGCAGCUUAUAUCGAAUGACAAAUUCAAGAGUGCUCAACACAGAGUACAGGCAAAUCUUGUAGGUCCAAGAGUCUCUGUUGCAUGCUUUUUUAGCACAGGUCCUCAUGCAUCAUCAAGGAUUUAUGGCCCCAUCAAGGAACUAUUGUCUGAAGAUAAUCCUGCAAAAUUCAGAGAAACUUCAAUUCCAGAUCUUCUAGCCCAUUUCAACACAAAAUGUAGGAAUGGUAAUUCUCCUCUGCAGCAUUUCAGGAUUUGA